AACGAAAAACCAACAAAAACAUUAAAAAAAUGUAAUUAUUAUUAUAUUUAAAUUGUGAUUAUAAUAAUAAAAAUGUCUGGUGCUGUAUACGAUGGUGAUACUCAAGAUGUUAUACACUCUUUAUAUAAUUCUGGCCCAAUUAGUGUUAGCACAAUUGAACCACAAUUUUUACUUGGAAAUCUAUCAGCGGCAACUGAUAUAAAUACGUUAAUGAAGUACAAAGUAACUCAUAUUUUAACAAUCGAUACGUGUCCUCUGCCCCGUCAAAUCUUAGAACUGAAGCACAUAACUACAAAGUUUAUACAACUCUCCGAUUUACCAAAAGAAGACCUACUCAAGUAUCUAGAUGACACCAAAGAGUUUAUAACUAGUGGCCUUGCACAUGGUGUUGUGCUAGUUCAUUGUUAUUAUGGAGUUUCACGUAGUGCGACAGUGGUCCUAGCUUACAUUAUGCACAAGUAUCACUUAUCUUACAGUGCAGCAUUUGAGAAAGUGAGAAGUAAAAGAUCAAUUGUAUGUCCGAACCAAGGAUUUGUAUCACAGUUAAAGCUCUACAGGGAAAUGGGUUACAAGAUUGACAAGAACCAUUUGAAAUACAAACUGUAUCGUCUACAAAUCGCAUCCGACAAGGUGAAGAGGACCAAAAUUUUACCUCAAGACUUCUUCGACUUGAUAAAACCAGAUCCUGGACUCGUACGGAUCGAACCCGAACCGAACUGCUACCGUUGCAAGAAAUGCAGGCGAGUCGUGGCUUGUGAGUCGAAUUUAAUAACUCAUCAAGAUCUAGAGUCGUCGAGUAGCUGCAGUAAGACUUACUUCCUAGAGCCACUGUCGUGGAUGAGCAGCAUAACGCAAACGACCCAGGGAAAGCUGCACUGUCCUAAGUGUAAAACAAAACUUGGUGCUUUUAGUUGGGUCAUGGGGUGUCAUUGUCCCUGUGGAUCACAAGUUGCACCCGCUUUUUACCUAACACCCUCAAAAGUCGAUUGGACUAAUGUUGUUAAGAACGUGGAAGUUACCAUCUAAGGCUGAGCAAAUGUACCAUUUUGUAAAAGGUCGCUUUUAUUAAAAUUGUGCUGUACUAUUUAACAGUAUUAGAAUAGUUCCUAAUGUUCUUUGUUUGUAAUUUUACAAUUUACCAAAUCACUUAUUGACGUUUGUGUUGUUAAAUUUUAUCACAAGAAUAUACCAUUUUGAAAUCGU